UUCACACUUGUCUAAAACUUCAUACCAAUUUUUAGAGAUGACACAUUAUGUGUAAUAAACAUUUUAGAGGAACUGUUCUGACAUAAUUUUUUCAAUAUGGAAACCCUACAUACAAGAAUUGCAAGAAAUAAAAUAAUUACCCACUCAACCUACCUAGUAUGAAAUGUUUAAAUUUAAUGGUGACUGAAUUGGGUUUAAGAAAUAAUAUUGAUGUAUUAAUAAAUAUUGACUUGGUUACUGUACACUAUCGUACUUGACAUGUUCAUUUAAUAUAAAUCUUAUUUAACUUUUGUCCUUUCAUGAACAAACUGUUGAAUAAGAAUCACAGUGUUCCUGUUUAAAACACCUGAAUUGUGUUUCUUGUAUACUGGAUGAAAACAAAUAUAGUUGUUCACCUUCUGGAUAGGAAGGACAACCUGUAGAGGAUGUAGAGGAUGUUUUUUAAACAAUUAGCUGUACAGAGAUGCUGCCACACUUCUCCUCUACCAGAGAGUGAGAAAAAGAGAACCGCAUCCGGCUACUUUAUAUUAUGACCAAAGGAUUAUCAUAUAGGCCUAACCCAAACGUUGAUAUUAUAAAUGUAAAUGCUCCGUAUUUGUAUAGUGCCUUUCUAGUCUUUUCGACCACUCAAAGCGCUUUUACACUACAUCUGCAUUCACCAGUCAUACACAUUCAUACACUGAGCCUAAGUGCUCAACCGGAAACUAACAUUCACACUCACUCACACACUGGCGGAAUAGCCGCCAGGGGCAAAUCGGGGUUCAGUAUCUUGCCCAAGGACACUUGGGCUUACACACUUACACAAUUGUAAUUUCAAUUUAAUAGAAAUCGAGCAGAGUGUUAGUUCAGGCAGGCAACGAAGUCAAGCUCAGCUAACAAUCCCAGCACAUCAGCUGAUGGCAGCCCAUCUUAAAGCCAGCCACAUCAGCUGCCAGCUCAGCUGAUUCCCUUCUUGCUGCUUCCUCUGCAAACCUCUUGUAACCCAUCACCACCCCACCUUCCCUUUCAGGCUGUGGCUGACUAAUCAAUGUCAUUUCUUUUGUUACUGAUGUCUGCUCUGUUCUGUACCUGGGCUUCCCAUGUGUGCACAUGGAUGGGCAGGAAGGUGUGCUCUCCUUGCCUUAUGGCUUUCCAUAUAGGCACAUGGAAGGGCGGAGAGGUAAUUAUUGAGAAUAUCAAAGUACAGUUACCUAGAAAUUGUAAUUACUGUACAGUCAUUGGUUUACUUGUUUACUAAUGAAAUGACUCUAAAACAAGCUCUUAUCUUAUUUUACACACAUUAUGACUCCCCUAUGUGGGCUAAAUAUGGGCAUGUUGUUUACCCAGUGUUCAUUACAUCACUAAGCAAUUUGUUCUGGGUAAUGUUUGGUAGUGUGAUUCUUGUCAUUGAUGAAUUCCUGUCUGAUUUUAUCUUCUUAAUACCAAUCCUGCAAUGAACACAGCUUUAUGUCUUAUUUCUCUAUAGGCCCAAACUAUUUUUUGUUUUCAUUGUGGAAAAAGAGAAGAGUGGGAUCAUUGUGACUCAAUACUUGCAAUCCCUCUACAUUAUAGACCGGAAAAAUGACACAAUGCUGAUAGGUUUAUAGACCUGCAAGCAAUUAAGCUUUUCCUGGGUGUUUUCCUCCGUAUCUAGUAACCUUUGCUCAGCUGGGAUGCCACACUAGAUCUCACACCCUCAACUGAGACGGCUCAGUAUCCCAGAUCGUUCUGCUACUGACAGUGGACUUUGUCUUUUGCUUUAACACGGAAGUCAAGGGUGAAAACUCUCGUUCACUCAGGUACAGGAUUAAAAUAUGAGUUGUAUUUUUACUAUAGGGUAAAAACUACAGAAGAAGGUAACAACAUUCAGCUGCCAGACAUCAAAGCUGUGCUAGGUCAGUACUGACGAUGAUCAGGAGAAACAGUCCCUUUGGCAAUGACACCAGCAGCUAUGCAGAAUCGAUCCAGUCUGGUUACUCCACUAUGGACGAGGUGUCAUCACAGGCGUCAAAUCUGUCCAGGCCCAGUGCCAAGUCAAUUUACUUGCAAAGGAAGGAGUAUGUUGCAUCAAUAAACAAGAUGAUGAACAAAUUGCAGUACAGAGUGGAGCACUUGUUCACUUGUGACCUGGAUGGGAAGGAGUUGAGAAGCAUAGCUGACUGUGUGGAGCGACUGAAGCUGUUGGAUGGGAUGGGUCGUGUGUGGGGUCAGAGCAUGCUGCUGGAGGUGAGCGGUGCUAAACUGCUGCUCACAGACAAUGAAACCAAGGAGGAGCUCGAUUCCAUGGCUCUCGGUGAAAUCCUAGAGCUAAAGGCUGUGCUGGACGCUGGAGUGUUUGACUCCCUACUCACAGUGUCAGUCCAGCCCAGGAGAAAACACACUACCACCGUCUUCAUGUUUCAGUGUGAGGAUGUAAGGGCUGACUAUGUUCAAAAGGAUCUGUCACGAGCACUGUCACACAGGAAAGAGGAUUCAAUCAUUAACAGCAAUGGACAUGAGGGAAUGAACAGCCUUCAUAACAUUGCAAAAUCUUCUGAACCUAAAGAGCAGAAGCCUGCAGUUGACUCAGUGCCCCAAUGGAUGCCUCCAUACUAUGAGGAGGAUGAAGUCCCUGAGCCUCAGCUGGUUGUACCUGAGGAAGAGGAGGAGGAUGAGACCUCAACUCUCAGAGACGAGGUACCAUCGCUGCAGCAUUUCACCACUGAAGAAGAACCUCUGUCUCCUCCUCCUGCAUACACAGAGCUGGACAGGAAUGUAGACAUCUUGAAUCAUAUUGUAAGUGACAUAGAAAUCUUCAUGGGACAGGUAGCUGCAAUAGUAGCUAAAAAUGCAAAGAAAAAGAAGAAAAAGAAAAAAGGAAAAGCGAUGGACGGCAUGCCUCCUGCGGCAGAAUUUGCAGCGUGUCUCCAUAAGAUCAAAUGUGGUUUCAACCUUCUGGGGGAGCUCAAUGGAAAUAUUCAUAAUCCCAGUGCUCCUGAAUUUGUUCACUCCUUGUUCACCACAUUAGAAUUCGUGGUAUCUCACUGCCCUGAGGAUCUGCCACAGACCAUUGUGGCGCCCCUGCUGACGCCUCAGUGUAUCCGUCUGAUGAGUGAUGAGGCCUCCACAGACGAGGACCGGCUUUGGCAGUCUCUGGGAGACCCAUGGAACAUCCCCAGCACCAAAUGGCCAGAAGACGAUGAGGACAUCCCAACAUACACUCUGGAGUUCUUUGACGGCUGGCAGCCCCCUGAACUCAAUGAACCUGUGAGCAGACAGGAGAGUCCACAACCAGCACCCAGCCAGACUUCAGCCAAGUGGACACCUUCACGCCCCCAACAAAAAGCACGCUCAGGUGAAUCAAAACUGCGUCCCAUGCGUGUUGUGUAUGACUUCAUUUCAAGAAACCACCGAGAGCUUACCGUCAGAACAGGAGAAAUAGUUGAGGUGCUGGACAAGUCGAGACAGUGGUGGAAAGUGAGGAACAGCAGCGGAGAGGAGGGCUUUGUACCCAAUAAUGUCCUGGAGGCUCAUGACGAGCAACUUGUCGAGCAAACUAGUGGUUCUCCUGUCCUAACGAAAAAGUCCAAGCCUGCAGAAGUGAAAGCCUGGCUCGAAGACAAGGGCUUUAGUAAAAUCACUGUACGCUGUCUGGGCGUGCUGAGCGGCCCUAUGCUGCUGGGGUUGACCAGAGAGGAGCUGAAGACGGUGUGUCCAGAGGAAGGGGGGCGAGUCUUCUUCCAGUUACAAGCAGUCAAGUCCGCCAUAGCUGCUGCCAUUUAAAUGGGACCAACAAUGCAGCAAGAGAACGUCACAGAGGAAGAUCAAGAACAUCAUCGUGGACCAAAACAAGUCACCAACAGCCCAAUACUAUAAGCUCUCAGAUAGUAUUAAAUGAUAAUAAUAAAUGAGAUUAGGUUUACAGCUUGUAAUCAGUUGCCAAGUUAUCCGAUGAAGUGUACAUUGAAGUGCAUUUAGAUCAUUUAUCCAAUAUUAUGCUCAUGAUGUGUAGUAAGUCACAUUAACAUUAAAGUCUGAAUUACAGUGAGGAAAAUAAGCAUUUGAACACCCUGCUCUUUUGCAAGUUCUCCCACUUAGAAAUCAUGGAGG